AUGAAGAUCGGUUCACCUAGCCAGAUAGACUGGCAUGUCUUGCUUGCUUUUUUGCUAUCUCUCGCAUAUACAUUCGGAGGAUGCGAGCCCAUCACCGCAUGGUGGACGACCAGCGGGCCCUCGGUGGCUUUCCAACACUCGCUCACCAAGGACAUCAUACACAGUCUUUGCAACAACGUGGCACAUAUGUUUCCGCCAGGAGCUGCAAAUUUCGCCGAGAUGGCUUUGGAAACGAGCUCCUUGCCCUGUCACGGAACAGCACUUGCUGCCACAGGCUGGUUGGACGAGCAGCGAGACGGGCUCUUUGUGAGUUAUGACGCGGGAAAACGUCGUAGAGCCGAGCUAACGCUGAGGAAGAUGGCACUCUUCUACCUCGGCCUGAACGACGACCUCGUCCAUGACACCUUUGAAUGCGAUCUCUCGACGGGAAGAUAUGUCUUGCGGGAGAGCGAGAAGGUCCUGGACGGGAGGACCGGGGGGAUGCACGCUGACACGAGACUGUCGGUCGUGAGUCGGGAUAAAGGGGAAUCUUACCAGCUUUUCUACCACGACGAAACCGGUGCCGUGGUGCGGAUCACCUACACACGAACACAGGGGUGGCAUUCCAAAGACACUGUCGUUGACUCUUCGGUCGCCGGCGCUCUGUCCGCCUACUGGCACGACACCGGCAACAUCAGCGUAGCAACGCUUCGUGACUCUACCUCUUUUCGAAUCUCCGAGAUCACGGCAGGCUCGACGACGUGGCAGCAUUGUAAGCUCGGUGAGCAUGUUUCUGGCAGUAAUGCGUGGCUAACCUUCUUGCUCCUUUCUUUCCCUUCUUGGACAGAUUCAGUACCUAUUUCGGCACCACAAGACUACGGUAGUGCCAGCUUGACGAACUGGACAAGCGAGUCGAGCGGGCUGUGCCUGGCCGCCCGCGAGGGAGGAUCAUGGUCGCUCUUCUAUACGAGCGGGGCUAGACUCCACGGCAUCACUGCCGAUGUCGUUGCAGGCAAUAGUGCCCUGGACCCGAGCGAAGACGAAUCUGUGUGGCCUCUGGCUAAGAUGCCGAAUGCACCGCUCGCUAUUGCCACCCACUCGGAUCUCAAGACACUGUGGAUCUACUACUUCACGGACAAGGGGCUCGUCCAAGUCUACCGCAACGCUUCCCAGCAGUGGCAGCCGGCGUCCGUCAUCCUCUCUGCUACGCCGGCGCAGCCAGUGCAGGGAAGGCCACCGGCAGGCGUCGGGACGGGCCUCCCGGGCACAAGCGGGCCGUCGACACCAAGCCCGUCAUCCUCGCGGCCAGGGGCGACAUCCAGCGCGGCCGAGCCCAGCCGGAGCAGCACAGCCGAGCAAGACGAGUGCGGCCCGGGCUGCUCACACGACGCCCGGACGACGGGCAUCGCCGUGGGCAUCGCCAUGGGCGUCGCGGCGCUCGCCAUGAUGGCCAUCGCGUGGUGGCUCCUGCGGCGAUGGCGGCGGAAGCAGGCCGGCAUCGACAGGGCGGCGCGCGAGGAGCGCGAGUACGUGCCCUACCACCUGCGGCCGGAGUGGGCGCACAUCCAGCCGUACUCGCAGUUCGGCAACCUCACCUGGACUCCGGAGCAGCCGGGUGGUGAAUGGAAGGCCGAGCACAAGGAGCACGCCUCUACCUCCGAUGGUGCUAUGUGA